GGGGGAAUCAGAUUCAUCAGAAAGAAAUACAGAGGAAUAACAGAAAAGGAUAUCUACACAAGCAGUGACCCUACAAGGAAGCACGGAGAGUGACAAAGUGUCAGAUGGGAAUAUUGUCACCAUGGCUGCUCUAUACCAGAGCACAGAUUCCUCCUCCCCAAAUAAAUUUUUGGCCUUAAAAGAUGUCAGAGAAGUAAAGGAAGAGACCACAUUGGAUGAGAAGCUCUUUCUACUGGCCUGUGAGAAAGGUGAUUAUUACAUGGUUAAAAGGCUCUUGGAAGAGAACAGUUCAGAAGAAUUAAAUAUAAAUUCUGUGGAUGUCUUGGGAAGAAAUGCUAUUACAAUAUCAAUUGAAAAUGAGAACUUGGAUAUAUUGCAACUGCUUCUUGACCAUGGCUGCCAGUCCACAGAUGCUUUGUUAGUGGCAAUUGAUUCUGAAGUUGUGGGAGCCGUAGACAUUUUGUUAAAUCACCGACCAAAAUGGUCUUCAAGGCCAACUAUAGUGAAACUCAUGGAGCGUAUACAGAACCCAGAGUAUUCCACGACCAUGGAUGUGGCCCCAGUUAUUUUGGCUGCUCACAGGAACAAUUAUGAAAUUCUUACAAUGCUUUUAAAACAGGAUGUGUCCCUCCCAAAGCCCCAUGCAGUGGGUUGUGAGUGCACUUUAUGUACUGCUAAGAACAAGAAGGACAGUCUCAGACACUCCAGGUUUCGUCUUGAUAUUUAUCGAUGUUUGGCCAGUCCAGCACUUAUUAUGUUGACAGAGGAGGAUCCAAUCUUAAGAGCUUUUGAACUCAGCGCUGACUUAAAAGAGCUAAGUCUUGUUGAGGUGGAAUUCAGGAAUGAUUACGAAGAGCUAGCACAGAAAUGUAAGACGUUUGCUAAAGACUUGCUGGCCCAGGCGAGGAACUCAAGGGAGCUUGAGGUGAUCCUGAAUCACCAGUCCAGUGAUGAGCCUGUGGACAAAAGAGGACUGCUAGAAGAGCGAAUGAACCUGAGCCGUCUAAAGUUGGCCAUCAAGUACAACCAAAAAGAGUUUGUAUCUCAGUCCAACUGCCAACAGUUUCUCAACACAGUCUGGUUUGGACAAAUGGCUGGAUACAGACGUAAACACACUUGUAAGAAGAUCUUGAUUGUCCUCACAGUGGGAAUAUUUUGGCCAGUCCUUUCGCUAUGCUAUUUGUUUGCUCCUAAAUCUCAGGUUGGACGUAUAAUUCACACACCUUUCAUGAAAUUCAUAAUACAUGGAGCUUCCUACUUUACAUUCCUACUGCUUCUCAAUUUGUAUUCUUUGGUUUAUAAUGAGGACAAGAAGAACACAAUGGGACCAGCUCUAGAGAGAAUAGACUUUCUUCUUAUUAUAUGGCUGAUUGGAAUGGUUUGGUCAGACGUUAAGCGGCUCUGGUAUGAUGGAUUAGAGGAUUUUUUAGAGGAAUCACGAAACCAGCUCAGCUUUGUUAUGAAUUCCCUAUACCUGGCAACCUUUGCACUAAAAGUAGUAGCACAUCAUAAGUACCACUCCAUUGCGGAGAGGAAGGACUGGGAUGCCUUCCAUCCUACGCUGGUGGCAGAAGGUCUGUUUGCCUUUGGCAACGUGCUCAGUUACCUCCGUCUCUUCUUUAUGUAUACUACAAGCUCAAUCUUGGGUCCACUCCAGAUUUCUAUGGGGCAGAUGCUGCAAGACUUUGGAAAGUUCCUGGGGAUGUUCCUUCUUGUACUGUUCUCCUUCACCAUUGGCCUGACUCAGCUCUAUGACAAAGGCUACACCACAAAUGAGCAGAAGGACUGUGUGGGGAUAUUUUGUGAACAGCAAAGCAAUGACACCUUCCAUUCAUUCAUUGGAACAUGCUAUGCUCUGUUCUGGUACAUUUUCUCACUUGCACAUGUAGCCCUGUUUGUGACAAGGUUCAGCUACAGUGAUGAACUUCCGUCAUUUGUAGGAGCAGUUAUCGUUGGCACAUACAAUGUGGUGGUUGUGAUAGUGCUCACCAAGCUUCUCGUGGCUAUGCUCCAUAAAAGCUUCCAGCUCAUAGCAAAUCAUGAAGAUAAGGAGUGGAAGUUUGCGCGAGCCAAGCUAUGGCUAAGCUAUUUUGAUGACAAAUGUACCUUGCCUCCACCUUUCAAUAUUGUUCCGUCUCCGAAGACUAUCUGCUAUCUGUUCAACAGUCUCAGUAAAUGGAUCUGUUCUCAUACGACUUCAGGAAGGGUCAAACGGCAGAACAGCCUCAAGGAAUGGCGGAGUCUGAAACAAAAAAGAGAUGAAAACUACCAGAAAGUGAUGUGUUGUCUUGUGCAUCGAUACUUAACGUCCAUGAGACAGAAGAUGCAAAGCACAGACCAGGCUACAGUGGAGAACCUAAACGAGCUGCGUCAGGAUCUAUCAAAGUUCAGGAAUGAGAUGAGAGAUCUGCUUGGUUUCCGGACCUCCAAAUAUGCAAUGUUUUAUCCAAGGAACUAAGGGCCUAUAUUACAUUAUAUUUAUUUCCAUUAUUAUACAACUUCGUUUUUUUAUGUUUCUUGCACCUAUUUUACACUAGUAUUUGCUCUCAUGUUUGGGCUUUUCACAGUCAGAUAUGUGCAAUAUGUAUUAGUGUUAAAAUUGUCUAGUUUUCCUUUUUCAGUUUCUUUGGAGAAACAGGAUUUGCCAUUUUUUUAGUAACUUUAUCUAUAAACAGAUUAAAUUAAUAUUUUUUCAUAUUUAUUUAAAUCUUAGAAAAAAAUAUCCCUUUUAUAAAACCCCCACUAUUAAUGUAUAAUUAAUCUAUACAAAUCCUUGUCCAUGUAAAAAAAUAAAAAUAAUAACAAAUUUGCAAUCCCUA